CGGCCCUCGAGGCUCGCGUGGCUGGCCGUGUGCGUGGCACCUCGCAAAGCGUGUUCAGUGUUGAGGAAGAGUCAGGGUUAGUUUAGGGCACAGCCGCAGUAUUUAGUUGAAGUUUGGGUCCACCACGGUUGGCACAGGAAAUAUCUUUGUGUUCAGGGUCGCCCCUCAGAGCGCACCGGCCCUUUGGGGCCGCAGAGCCCCCUGCCCCAAGUGGUAUCCAGCCGGCUAAGGCCGGGAGGUCGGGCGGUGGUGGCCGCGUGAGGCAGCGCCGUUCCGCCCUCCGACCCGGCUAGUGCGCGAGGUAGGGGGCAGGGAGACGUGCGGCCCGAGGGUUUCCCCGCGGGCUGAAGUUUGAGGACCGUGUAUUUCGUGGUAGUGCUUGGAGCGUCAACCCGGCCUGGGUCCUCUGGAGACGGGAGACAUUCUUGUUGCAGGGAUGGUGGUGACAGCCUUCAAGCUCCUUACAUGCCAGACUGGAAAGUGAAAUUUCCUUGCCUUCAUUUUUAAAAGGAAGAUGGUGCAGACUGGAAGACAGCGAUGUGGCAGCCUGGGGUUGGCCCCACACCAAGCUCAGGUUUACCAGCCUCUCUGCUUGUGCCUUUGCUGGGAUGAGGUGCCUGCGAGGAUCCACGCCUCCUCACAGGAGCUUGAGUGGAGAAGGGAGCUGAUCACCUAUGAACUCGCACCGGCAGGGUCCUCGCGCUGCUUCUGUGGCCUGAGCCAGACCGAACAGGCCACCUACCUCUGGGCAUUCUGGCCUUGGUCUGGACUCCCCCCUGGCCUCUUGGGGCCACCUUUACUGCCUGAGGUGCUGGCCACAGCCACAGCUGGGCGGAGAUGGCCUUUGGGGGUGUGCCAUCCUGGUACACUUGCACUAGGAGGCGGGGCACUGAUCACCGACCGUCAGCUGCACUUCCGUGCGGGCAGCAAGAGGGGGAGUCUGCAAGGCCAGCCUCGCAAGCAGCAACAGGAGAAACUUGAUACUGAUCAGAGGAUCCCUCAUUCUUGUCAGGAUUCCUGUGUCCUUGUAGAAGUUGAUCUUCAGGAUGAGGGCUGCCAGGCUGAUGGUGGCACUGUUUGCCCUGGCUGGCCUACUGCACGUGGCCCUGUCACUGAGAAUUGCAGCCUUCAACAUCCGCACUUUUGGGGAAACCAAGAUGUCCAAUGCCACUCUUUCCAACUACGUUGUACAGGGAUGACCCAAAUGCCUUCCACUUUGUGGUCAGCGAGCCGCUGGGACGCAACAGCUACAAGGAACGCUACCUCUUCGUGUUCAGAGGUGUGGUGGUACCCCCAAUCUUGGGCUAAUGGCCUGGACUUCCCCAGACCUGACCAGGUGUCCGUGCUGGACACCUACCAGUAUGACGACGGCUGUGAGCCCUGCGGGAACGACACCUUCAGCCGAGAGCCCAGCAUCGUCAGGUUCUUCUCCCCACUCACUGAGGUCAGAGAGUUUGCCAUUGUUCCCCUGCACGCGGCCCCACUGGACGCUGUGGCUGAGAUGGACGCUCUCUAUGACGUGUACCUGGACGUGCGGCGGAAGUGGGACCUGGAGGAUGUCCUGCUGAUGGGUGACUUCAACGCUGGCUGUAGCUACGUGGCCCCCUCCCAGUGGUCAUCCAUCCGCCUGCGCACAAGCCCUGCCUUCCAGUGGCUGAUCCCCGACACCGCAGACACCACUGCCACCUCUACACACUGUGCCUACGACAGGAUCGUGGUGGCGGGCACCCUGCUCCAGCGAGCUGUCGUCCCGGAAUCGGCCGCCCCCUUCAACUUCCAAGCUGCAUUUGGCCUGAGCGACCAGCUGGCCCAGGCCAUCAGUGACCAUUACCCUGUGGAGGUGACGCUAAAGAAAGCCUGAUGUGAAUGGGGCCCUCUCCCUGUGGCACCUGCAGUUCGUGGAAGGACGGAAAUGGGCCUUUUGUCACUAUUUCUAGUUCCACUGUGAGCACGGGGUUAAUGAAACAGAGACACCUACCCACCUUCUCUACCCAAAGAAAGUUUAAUACUUAGAUUAAGCAAAUAAAGCUCAAAGGGGCUGUUCUCA